AUGGAUAUCUCCUCCAGCGCCAGUUUCAUCCUGGACGGCUUCAGCGCCAGCAGCAGUCAUGCCGACUGCAUCAGCCUGCACGACACGGCCUUACUAGCCGCCUCCAGCAGUAUCUGGUCGUCGUGGGCCGUCGCCGGGUUCCUGCAGCAGUGCCGGCUCUUCGGGCUAUAUCUCCAUCCAACACCGGCCAUCCGCCGACCCACCCUGGCUGCAAUCGUGAGCGGCAAUGUCUGGCGCGUGUUUCUGAUUUUCUUCGCGGCGCUGGUGGGUUUCCUGGACACCUGGAAAAGCGUGGAGCGCCACAAGAACCGCCUGACGACGCUGGAGUUCACGGCGAUCGGAAUGGCGUUCUACCGGUUUGUUUUUGUCACCGUCACGGUGGUGGUGGCCUGUCAUAUGCGGCGGUUCACGAAGCAGGCGCGGACCAUGCUGCUGGCUAUCGAUGACCUUUCUAAUGAGAUCCCUCGCGCCACGCGCUGGACCUACUCGAUUCGCCAAAAGGUGGCGCGCCUGGCGUGGGCGUGCACGGCCAUCGUCCUGACGACCAUCAUCGUGGACCUGGUGGCCAACUACUAUACCUUCGCCAAGAUAGCGGGACGCAGCGGCCACGAACUGCAGCUGGAGUGCGGCUGGCACUGCCCGACGGCGUUCCCUAUCGCCGGCAGCGCACCGGCCUGGUUCGUGGCUACCGCCUACUCGGUGUCGAUGACGUUCGAAUUCGGCAUGGUCAUCUAUCCGCAGCUGCUGGUUUUCCUGCUCAUCUACCCCCUCGGAUUGUGGCUCGACAUGUUCAGCAAGAGCAUCAAGGUGAGCUACGAGCUCGAGCACUGCGUGCAGCAGGGCCACGUCAAGCACAAAUUCGUCUACACCAUGCGCCAGCUGUCCCUCAGCCAGAAAGCCCACUUCCACCUGCGCCUGACCCGCAUCGUGGCACAGCUGGACGCUGCCUUCUCCUCCAUGUCCUGGCUACUGUAUCUCAACGACCUCAUGGGCUUCAUCGCUACCGCCUCCCUCAUCCUGCGGCACAAAUCCAGCGUCAAGGAGGGCGACAGCGACUUCGACCUCCUGCCGCUCUUCCUCAUGACCGUCGCCGCGUCCGUCCUCUUCGCCACGCUGCGUACCGGCUGCGGGGUGUGGGUCAGCGAGAAGGCACAUUCGUGUCUGCCGUACCUUCACGAACUCAACCUCCGCGUCACGGCCGAGGAGGACCGGUUUCUCUGCAGCUCGUUUGUGUCCCGAUUGCAGGGAUCGCGGAUCGCACUGACGGCGGGUGGGUUCUUCUACAUCACCCGGGAGUUCGUCAUCACGAUUUUCGGGGUUCUGCUCACCUACAUCCUCUUCGUCUACCAGAUGCAGGAUCAGAAAGAGGACAUGUCCCGGCUGCUUCGCCUGCAGGAUUUCAUCUCCGCCCUGCCGAACGCCACACCCAGCACAACCGGCCUCUAAUGCCCCGCACACGCUUACUAAAUUAUAUAUUUUUAGAGAAAUUAAAAUGUUUUUGCUGUCGCGUGCCUGUAAAAUCUAUACGCCCAGUUGUUUUAUACGCGUUCAAGGACAAUUUCUGUGACUAAUUACGAACAAUUUUUUUAGUAAUUGAAGUUUGUUUUGCAAUUUUGCUGAGUAUUUUAAUCUGCGGGCGCUUGGCUCGGCUGAAUUUAUUGCUUAUCAAUUUUAUAGAUUGUUUUAGAACAUUGCCAUUGAAUAACAGAAUUUAUUGUGUUUAAUUAUUAAUUUUACCCUAUUAAUUGUAUGCUACCGUCCGGAUUUUAUAGAAAUUUAUUCUGAUUUAUUCUGCAUAUUCCAGUUUCGAUUUAAAAUUUCUGCGGACUGCUUAAACUUAAGAAAUGUCUAAUAUAAACUAUGUACACUGUUUCAAGCGAGGAAAAAAACAAGCCGAAGUCGGCAUUGCAUUGCUGUGGAUAAAAGGACUUUGAAAAGUAAAAACCGUUGAUUAAAUUCUGCUAGCAUAACACAAGGUCUAUCAUACAUACAAGCAAGCAGCACCGCGUUGAAACAACGAUCACACCAUCGAGCGAUCUCUCAGCCGGACUCCUCCGAGUCGGAGGGAUCGGAGCUCAGCUGGCCGCGCAUCGUAUCGUCGUCGUCCGUCAGCAUCUCCUCGUCCUCCUCCCCGCCGCACGUCCACAUCGUCUGACAUCCGUCCCACUGCCCAAUAAUCGGCAAUUUAUUUCGAUUAAUAUGUUUAACUGAAUAAAUACGAAUUGUAAUUCAAAUUCAGUUUACUUUUAUUACCGUCGAUGUUAUCCAAUAAAAAUACGGCGAACGAAAAGACUAUGAACGAUCAUUUGAAUUUUCCCUGCAUUUAA